AUGGCCACCAUUCACAUCAACGGCCACACCGUGUCAGUCCCCGAGGGCACCAGCAUCCUGACGGCAGCCACGCAGCUCGGCAUCCAUAUCCCCACCCUGUGCACCCACCCGCGCCUGCCCACCACCCCGGGCACCUGCCGCCUGUGCCUGGUUGAGGUUGCAGGCGGCGCGCUGAAGCCCGCCUGCGCCACCCCCGUGUGCCAUGGCCUGGAGGUGACCACCGACUCACCACAGGUCAAGGACAGCAUCCGCGGCGUGCUGGCGCUGCUCAAGGCCAACCACCCCGCGGACUGCAUGACGUGCGAUGUCUCGGGGCGCUGCGAGUUCCAGGCAAGGCCGGGCUUUUGGGGAGGGGCAUGGGCUGGGCAGCGCAUGGCCUGCCCCCGGCAGCGACCAAUGCUGCCCAUGCUGGGAUGCAGGUGCCUCAAGUGCGGGCGCUGCGUCACGGCGUGCGGCCUGGUGCAGGAGAUGGAUGUGCUGGGCAUGAAGGGGAGGUCCCGCGAGCGCCACCCUGCGGUGCUCACAGAGGCGAUGGACCUCAGCAAGUGCAUCUCAUGCGGCCAGUGUGCUGUGAUGUGCCCUGUGGGCGCCAUCACCGAGCGAGCCGAGUGGCGGGAGGUGGAGGAUCAGCUGGAUGCCAAGCGCAAGGCAGGGAGGGGGGCGGGGAGGGCAGGGCUCAUGGUGUGCGUCACAGCCCCAGCCGUGAGGGUGGCCAUAGGCGAGGAGCUGGGCCUGGCGCCCGGAACCAUCACCACCGGCCAGAUGGUGGCGGCACAGAGGCAGCUGGGGUUUGAUUAUGUUUUCGAUGUCAACUUCGGCGCCGACCUCACCAUCAUGGAGGAGGGCACAGAGCUGCUGCAACGCCUGCGCCACGCCUGGGGCCUGGACCUGCCCGCCGAGGGGAGCGGCGGCGCCGGCGCUGGCCCGCUGCCCAUGUUCACCAGCUGCUGCCCCGGCUGGGUGACGGCCUGCGAGAAGAGCUUCCCCGAGCUGCUGCCGCACCUGUCCACCUGCAAGAGCCCGCAGCAGAUGAUGGGGGCGGUGGUGAAGAGCCACUUUGCGGCCAAGCUGGGCAAGCGCGCACAAGACAUCUGCCUGGUCAGCGUGAUGCCCUGCACGGCCAAGAAGUAUGAGGCUGAGCGCGGGGAGAUGGUGCGGGAGGGGGAGGGGCCUGACGUUGAUUAUGUCAUUACAACCCGCGAGUUUGGGCGCCUGCUGCGGGAGCGCCACAUCCCUCUCGCCUCGCUGCCCGAGUCGGCGUUUGACAACCCCCUGGGAGAAGGGAGCGGGGCCGGCGUGAUUUUCGGGAACACUGGCGGCGUGAUGGAGGCGGCCCUGCGCACCGCAUACGAGCUGGCGGCAGGCCAGCCGCUUCCCAAGCUGGAGGAGGAGGCGAUCCGCGGGCUGCGGGGCAUCAAGCAGGCCACCGUCACGCUGCCGCCCACCGCGCCCGCCGGCAUGGCCAGCCGCCAGCUGCGCGUGGCUGUGGCCAGCGGCAUCGGCCAGGCGAGGCACCUGCUGGAGCGCAUGCACACUGGACAUUCACCGCACUUUGAUUUCGUCGAGGUCAUGGCCUGCCCUGGCGGCUGUGUCGGUGGCGGCGGCCAGCCCAAGAGCGCCGACCCGCUGGUGCUGCUCAAGCGCAUGGGCGCAGUGUACUCCAUCGACGAGCGCUCAGCCAUCCGCAAGAGCCACGAGAACCCCUCCAUACAGAAGCUAUACAAGGCGUGUGCGGAGUUUUUGGGCGAGCCGGGCGGCUCGCUGUCCCACCAGCUGCUCCACACAACCUACAUCAACCGCAGCACCGCCUCGCAGCCCACCUACACCGCCUUUCAGCGCAUGGACGAGCCGUGCAACCCCAAGCUGCAGCAGGCGGCGGCAGCGGGCAGGGGCAGCUCCAGCAGCGCUCUGCCCGGCACCAGCGCCUGA